ACUGUUCAACCGCCGCUAGCCCUCAACGAAAACACGCCAAAGAAUGCAUUUCAAAACCAGUUGGGUUAUUGCGAACCUUUUACAGUAGAAUUAAUAGCGGGACUUGUUUCGAAAGAGGCACGUCAAAUAAUCGAUCCAGGAUCACGUCCGCGGCAAAAGCAAUUGCGAUACGAUCUGUUUACACGACGGAAUCCACACACACGACAAGUACUGUUAACUGGCGACCGAAACCGGCUGUUGACCUCGAACUUUAAUGCCACUUGGCCAGUCAGGUUAUCCAUUCAUGGUUGGAACGGCCAAACCACGACUUGCUCGAAUGCCGCCAUUAAAGAUGCGUACCUCGCAAAGGGCGAUUACAACGUGAUCUUAGUUGACUGGUCGGAUUACUCGUUGGACAUAAAUUAUUUUCGCGUUGUUGUGGAAAUUUCCGAAAUCGCACACAAGCUCAACGAGUUCACACGUUUCCUACACAACCAAACUGCCGUUCCCUACAAUGCCAUGUAUUUAAUAGGACACAGCGCUGGCUGCCACAUCGCUGGCAUGGCGGGCAAGUUACUGCAACCCGACAAAUACGGUGUCAUCUACGCACUAGACUCUUCUGGGCCCGUACAUCGCACAUUGGACGCGAAAUGGCGACUCGCACCAACCGAUGCCGUCUAUGUGGAGUCCAUACAAACCGACAUAGCGUUGUUUGGUUUCCCCGCCGACAACCUAGCACACGCCUCUUUCUACCCCAACUGGGGCUUGGGUCAACCACAUUGUCCCAAUGUGACCACAAUGGAGCCGGACUUCACUUGUGAUCAUUUUGGCGCUUUAUACUACUUCGUGGAGUCCUUGCAGAAUCCGUCGGCUUUUGGCGCGAUCAAGUGCAAGAAUUAUGACAGCAUCGAAAACUCGAAAUGCGGCUGCGGCGCGCGCUGGUGCCACGCCAGUGCAUUCAUGGGCGGCGAUCCGGCUGUGCCGAAGAAGGGCGUCUUCUAUUUCAGCACACGUGCGACAAUGCCCUUCGGUUAUGGUGCGAUGUGCCGUAUGAAACGGCCUAUAAGGCCCACUAUAGCGCGUAUCUCAUAAG